AUGGCUAAUCAAUCCACAACGAUCAAUCCCGAGAACGUACCCGUCUCUCAACCUCUGUUCUCCCAAGUCAACAGCAUCGAGCUACAAGGUCCUGCAAGACUCAUCGCCAUAACCGGCCAACUCUCAAUCAACCUCGACGGCACACCCAAAGUCCAAGGCUUCGAAGCCCAGGUCAAGCUCGCCCUACAGAAUCUCGAAAACUGCAUCAAAGCCGCUAGCGCCACGAAACGGGACAUCUUCAAAGUCACGCAUCAUGUUGUAGAUUUUGAUUUUGAGAAGCAGAAUCCCGCUCAGAUUUUAAUCGAGUGGCUGGGGAUUGAGCAUCGUCCGGCGAGUGCAAUGUUGCCUGCUUAUAAGCUUGCGGCGCCAGGGCUGCUUUAUGAGAUUGAGACGUGGUUGGUUGUACCUGGGUAG